AUGUCGUCCGAAAAACGUCCAACAACUUCUGAAAAUUCCGAGGAAGCAGAUGGUGAAGAUUGGAUAGGACCAAUGCCGUCUGAAGCUGCAAAACCUAAACCUAAGAAACGAAAAGUUUUAGAGUUUGAGUCUUUAUACCUUGAAAAUUUACCAUCAUCGGAAACGUAUGAACGGAGUUAUAUGCACAGAGAUGUAGUUACACAUGUAGUUGUGACCAAGACCGACUUUAUUGUUACUGCUAGCCAAGAUGGCCAUCUGAAGUUUUGGAAGAAACAGGAGGAAGGAAUUGAGUUUGUGAAACACUUCCGCUGUCACUUGGCUCCAAUUAGUCAUGUUGCUACAAAUAGCACUGGCACACUUCUUUGUACCACCUCCCCAGAAAAGACUGUUAAAGUAUUUGAUGUGGUCAAUUUUGAUAUGAUCAAUAUGAUUUCCAUAGAAUUUGAACCAUACUGUGCGGAAUGGGUGCACUCUGCAGGUGAUCCUAUUUCAGCAUUAGCUAUAUCAGAAAAAUCUUCAAACAAAAUCCACGUGUUUGAUGGUACACAAAGUUCAGGCACCCCCUUGCAUACAUUUGAAACACUUCAUCAAAGUGUGGUGGCAACUAUAGUGUAUAACCCAGUUUUUGAAGUAGCAGUCUCUGUUGACAAGGCUGGCAUCGUAGAGUACUGGACGGGACCAAAACACGAGUUCCAGUUUCCGAGAAAUGUGAAUUUCCAGUCCAAAUUGGAGACAGACCUGUUUGACUUUGUUAAGAAUAAGACAUAUCCUACAGCAUUAGCAUUUUCACCAGAUGGCAAGAAGAUGGCUUCAAUCAGCUUAGACAGGAAGGUGCGUGUGUUCCACUUCCUGUCCGGCAAGCUACACAAGGUUUUGGACGAGAGCCUGCAAAGGUUCCAGGACUUGCAACAUCAAGUACAGCAGUUACCCAAUAUGGAGUUUGGUCGAAGAAUGGCGACAGAGCGCGAGCUGGAGAAGUCUGAAUCCAUUCACCUCGCCAACGUAGUGUUCGAUGCGAGCGGCCAUUUCGUGUGCUAUGCCACCAUGUUGGGCGUGAAAGUGGUCAACCUGGUCACAAACAGGUGCGUGGCCAUGCUCGGAAAACCUGAGAAUUUGAGGCCGUUGCACCUCGCGCUGUUUCAGGGCCGGACAAAUCAAUCAAAAGUAGCAACAACCUUAGAGAUGGAAGGUUCUGAGAACCCUACCUUGCUCAAUGUGAAGACUGACCCCACGCUGUUCUGCAGUGCUUACAAGAAGAAUCGCUUCUACAUGUUCUCGCGACGAAGUCCAGACGACGUGAAGAGCCCCGACGCCGACCGGGAUAUCUUUAACGAGAAGCCGUCAAAAGAAGAUAUUAUCUCUGCUACUGAGGGCCAAGGCGUGCAGCGCAUCUACGAGCAGGCGGUGCUGCACACGUCUCUAGGCGACGUGCACAUCCGGCUGUUCGGUGCCGACGUGCCGCGCGCCGCCGAGAACUUCUGCGCGCUCGCACGCAGCGGCUACUACAACGGACACGUGUUCCACCGCGUCAUACGCGGCUUCAUGGUGCAGACCGGCGACCCCACCGGCACCGGAACGGGUGGGGAGAGCAUAUGGGGGGGCGAGUUCGCGGACGAGUUCCGGCCGCACCUGAAGCACGACCGGCCCUACACCGUGAGCAUGGCCAACGCCGGCCCCAACACCAACGGCAGCCAGUUCUUCAUCACGCUGGCGCCAACGCCGUGGUUGGACAACAAGCACACGAUAUUCGGGCGAGUGGUGCGCGGAAUGGAGGUGGUGCAAAACAUCGGCAACGUGAAGACGAAUCCCAAGACCGACAAGCCGUACGACGACGUGCGGAUCAUCUCCGUCACAGUCAAAUGA